AUGGCGUCAGUUAUUAAUAAUGAGGAGCAAAACAAUCUCACAGCUUUCGUUCGCCGUACUGCAUCAAACAAAACCAUUCGCGCAGAGGUUUUUGCCGUCAAUGCGCUUCACAAUCCCGCGUCAGCCACAAACGUACUGAUCGCACCUCAGAGUGUCGAAGCUUUCCACUAUGUGCAGAGCUUCAAGCGUGUUGAGAGCACGCCCACUGUAAACCUGCAUGAAAUCUUCCCAGUUCUUCGCGCAUUUUCUCAGCCCGAAAACCAACUGACGCUGUUCGCGUGUCCCGAGCAGAUCGUAUCUCAGUACAAGAAACUGGACGCGGCCAAGAAGCUCCUAAUCAGUCGCCUUAACAACCUGCCUGCUGGAAUAGCCUUUAUUCCAGGAGUCGCUGGCUCUGGAAAAACCGAACUGAUCAAGUUCAUUGUCGCAGCAUGCAUGUUCGGACAGGGAACAGCAAUACCUGUGCCAACAUUGUACCUUGCCCCGAACAAUCAGGCAGUGGAUGAUAUGGCCAAAAAGUUACAGGAAUACUUCCAAAAGCUGGACCUGGAAGGUUCCCCGACUAUCAUGCGCCUGUACAAUUUGGACUUUGAGGUCAAGUCUGUCAUUCGUGUUCUUGCACCCGGCCCUGUCAACUCUUACCAGUACUUCGACAAAAGGAAGGCUCAAGAUGUCAUCCAAGCAAUGGAUUCCGACGCUGAAAAACAAGACCCAACAGAUCGAGCAUAUCAGUUUCUUGCGAUCUACCAGUUUGAGAAGAUGGGUCUCGAAAUGAACGAAAAGAACGAGAACAGUCGUUCCAAGCGGACUCGAUCUACCAACAUAUGCGCAGAUACCGCCGCCGUUGCUUACUACAAGGAUCACAUAGACAAGUAUCGUGACCUUAGGGACAUCCUUACAAUCAGCGAUCGAGAUGGCAAGUUGAGUGACGAUCUGCUCAAGGAAGCGCGACUGUUGGUCAAGAAUGUUUUUCACGAUAUGCUGGCCGACUUUAAAGGCAUCAUUUGCACGACAUCAGUGGUCUCUGCUAGUGCAACGGUAAAACGUUUCUCAGCCGAAAUGUUGUUCAUAGACGAAGCCGCACGUCAAUCAGAACUCAGCUCACUUAUCAGUUUCGCUCACUAUCAACCUCGUGCUUGGUUCUUUUUGGGGGACACGGCACAGCUCAAGCCUUACGUUGGGCAAGACUCCAAAAGAACCGACAAUCCAUUCAUCAGACAGAUGUCUGUGUCUCUACUCGAGAGAGCAGUCUUGGCCGGUGUCGAGCUAGGAUGGCUGGACGUUACUCACCGCCUCCGAGGAAACCUUCGUCAGGUUUCGUCCAAGAUUAAUUAUGGAAAUCGCAUGAAGACCAUUAGUCGUACUGACUGGAACUGGUCGCCUUCAACAGUUGCAUUCUCAGAGGAGAUGAAAAGACUAGUCGGUGAAUCAUUAGUCAUUGAUGAUCCAUCUCGUGUGGUGUUGCAGUUCCCUUUUGCCCAGGCGACUCUGGCUGGAAGCUCAUCAAUGAACAUCACGCACGUGAGAUGGGUGGUUAGUCAAGUCAAGAAGAUGUUGAAAAACCCACAGCUGCAGAAUGUCGACUCGACUAAAAUGGCUAACUUUCUCAUCCUGCCUUUGUACAAAGCUCAAGUUGACUUGUACCGAAAAACACUGCUGGAUGAGAGGAUCCAGGGAAGCAUCUCAGGCGAGGACUAUCGACGGAUUGAAGUCCGAACCCUUGACUCUUCCCAAGGUGAGGAGCGAGAUCUGGUUAUCGUUGAUUACGUGCAAACGCACAAGGCCGGAUUCUGCGUGGACCCGAAUCGCAAUUGCCUGGCCACCACCCGAGCACAGCAAUGCGAGAUUCUUAUCAUCAAUGCUGGAAUGAUCAACUCUCCACGUCUCGAAAACAGCAAACCUGGACAAAUCAUUGCAGCAGUUAGACGUCUCGGAUGUGUUCUCAAAAUACCAUCCUGCACCAACUGCGAGGAUCCAAGCCACAACGAUGAUGACUGCCCUGUCACUGUGAAGAGUUGCAACUGGUGCAAAGAGAUAGGACAUUCGCGUGCGAAUUGCCCCAAAGUACAGUGCACUAAUUGCCGUGAACUUGGUCAUAUAGAGCCCAAUUGCAAAGUCCCAAAGCUCUGUCAGCAGUGCGGUGAAGUUGCAACAACUGAUCAUCACAAGGUUUGCUUAGGCAUGAAGAUUUGCUCCGUUUGCUGGAAAUGCCACACAGGCGACCCAUGUGAGAUUUGUUUUCACUGCAGAGGGAAAGGUCACAAGGCAUCUGCUUGUUUUCACAACCCUGCCUCCAACAAGACGGCCAAAACCCGAGCGAUCAACUGCAACUGUUGCGGAGAAUUGGGUCACAAGGCCGGCGACUGUCCCAACAAACCAGCUCGGGCAUGUCACUCAUGUGCUCUGAAGACCAUGUCAACAAGGACUGUCCCACACCGAAAUGCAAACGAUGUAAACAAUUGGGCCACAUGA